AGCAGUAUUAUCAUGUCUGGACGAGGCAAAGGUGGUAAGGGACUGGGGAAGGGGGGCGCUAAGCGGCAUCGUAAGGUUUUGCGCGACAAUAUCCAGGGUAUCACCAAGCCCGCCAUCCGGCGUCUGGCCCGGCGAGGUGGGGUCAAGCGCAUAUCUGGUCUGAUCUACGAAGAGACCCGCGGGGUACUGAAGGUGUUUUUGGAGAACGUGAUCCGGGACGCGGUCACUUACACCGAGCACGCUAAACGGAAGACCGUCACCGCCAUGGACGUAGUGUACGCCCUCAAACGCCAGGGACGGAGGUCACCACAGUGUUUGCAAUCUCUCAUCAUGGCUCGCACUAAGCAGACCGCUCGCAAGUCCACCGGCGGCAAGGCGCCGCGCAAGCAGCUCGCCACCAAAGCGGCCCGCAAGAGCGCGCCUGCCACGGGCGGCGUGAAGAAGCCGCACCGCUACCGGCCCGGCACGGUGGCCCUGCGCGAGAUCCGCCGCUACCAGAAGUCCACGGAGCUGCUGAUCCGCAAGCUGCCGUUCCAGCGGUUGGUGCGCGAGAUCGCGCAGGACUUCAAGACCGAUCUUCGCUUCCAGAGUUCGGCCGUGAUGGCGCUGCAGGAGGCAUGCGAGGCCUAUUUGGUGGGGCUCUUCGAGGACACCAACCUGUGCGUUGUAAGAAGCUACGAAUAACUGUUAGCCAUGUCUGGUCGAGGCAAGGGUGGAAAGGGUUUGGGGAAGGGGGGCGCCAAGCGUCAUCGUAAAGUUCUCCGUGAUAACAUCCAGGGCAUCACCAAACCUGCUAUUCGCCGGCUCGCUCGGCGUGGUGGUGUGAAGCGUAUUUCUGGUCUUAUUUACGAGGAGACCCGCGGGGUGCUGAAGGUGUUUUUGGAGAAUGUGAUCCGCGACGCUGUCACCUAUACCGAGCACGCCAAGCGCAAGACUGUUACCGCCAUGGACGUGGUUUACGCACUCAAACGCCAGGGACGCACUCUGUAUGGUUUCGGCGGCUAA